AUGGUUUCACGACGAAACCUUUUCGCCAUAGUCACCAUUCUUCUAUGGACGACAUGUUUAUGUGAUCACGAAUGUAACAGUACAAUUUCAAACUCAUCAGAAAUGAUUUUGACAUGUUUAUCAACGAUUUCAUAUGAAGAAUUGCCGUUGUAUAACUAUACAACAAAUCAAUUAGCGAAUAUAACAUCGAUUGUUGUCAAUGGUUUGAGUAGCAAUACGACAGGACCGUUUACAUCGAUUCCUCCGAAUCUUUGUUUAUUACCGAAUUUAAAGAGCGUCGAUUUUUCCAACAAUCUCCUGCAACGUGUGGACCCGACUAAUGCCUUACAAAAUUGUUUGACAGGUGUUGUUGAUUUCGAUGUUAGUUACAAUAGUAUCACCGAAUUUCCAUCGACGACGAUCUAUAAUAUGGGCAAUCUACAAUACCUGUAUUUUCAACAUAAUCAACUAUUAGAAGUGCCUGGCUAUGCCUUUCGCAGCAUAUCAAAUAUACAAGAAAUGGAUUUUUCGUAUAAUAAUUUAACCGCUUUCGAAUUAUGGGCUACACUUGUUCAAAAUCGUUCGGAUUUCAGUUAUAAUCAAAUAUCGACGAUUACAAAUAAAUAUUUCUAUCAAAUGCCUGCUGCAGUUUCUUCAGGUAGAUCACGAAUCUUCUCUCUAAUUGGCAAUCCAUCAAUUAAUCUCACUGACGCCAUUUACGAAAUGUAUAAUUCAUGCGAUGAAAUUAACAGCUUUCUCAUCCAGUCAAACGGUAGUGAACCACCAGGUUUAUCCUACAAUUUAUUGUUUCUUGAAUUUGGUACCAUACGAAUCAACUGCAGUUGUCAACAGUCGUAUAUCAACCAGAUGUUAAAUUCAUUUCUUGGUGGUGUACCGAAUGUAGCAAGUUUGCCCAUACACAAUGCAAUUUGUUCGAAUGGCAGUCGAUUUAUAGAUAACACUUGUCCUGAGGGUACUGAAAUAGUCAAUUCAUCAGUUGACUUUUCAAAAGUAUAUCCAAGAUUAUGUAAAGUUUAUCCCAAUGAAGCUGGCAGUAUUAUGAAUGUCACAAACACCACGAUACCUACAUCGAAUCCGGCAACAUAUCCAUAUUAUGUAACUGAAUUAAUGAGUCCUGGAGCGUGUUUCUUUGCCUUCUCGACUUCUGUAUCCGCCAGAAUUCGAUGCACAAGUGAUCUGUCAACGAAUUCAACGAUUCCAUCGAGUUUAUUAUCGAGUUCAUAUUUAUCAAAUGUAACGAAAAUAGAUUUUGCCAGCUCAAUUAGUUCUUUACCGUCAUACUUAUGUUCGUUACCAUCGCGUGAAAUCGAUUUAAGCAACCAGGCAUUUACAACAUUAACCGAUGGUACAUUUCCAUGUUUAGAUUGGUUUCAUACCGUCCGUUUAACUCACAAUCAAUUAACAUCAGUGAAUAUGAGCAGUGGGAAUUUCACAAAUCUCUCCGUACUCGACCUCUCAUCGAAUCGACUUCCAAUCAUUCCUUAUUCAGCACUUCAUCCAACCCCAACAUCAUUACGUUUACUCAAUUUAAGUAACAAUUCCAUCACUUCAAUCGAUCUGUAUGUUUAUACAUUGAAAAACAUCACCGUCGAUUUGAGUAACAAUCCAAUUAAUAUGUCAAGUAUUAUCAAUACACAAAAUGUGACGUUUCCAUCCCAGAACACAUCGGUGACCAUCAUUUUGCCUUCGUCAACGAAUAGUACCUACGUUUUCAAUGACCAAACAGCAUUCAACGCUGGAACAUGCACACGCGAUUCCGUUCUCACGUAUCGAACUACCCUUCAAACAAUCUAUUCGAACGUCGUAUUAGAUUGUUCAUGUGCCUCGAUAAACUUAAAAGCCAUUUUCGAAGAAAGUAACUCAGCAAUCUUGAAUUACUUCACCUGUUCAAAUACAACCAAUGCAGCUAAUUAUACCAGUUCAACUUUGGCAUCUUGCGGCUCAAGCGCAUUAAAUUUUUCCAAUGGUCUAUGUUCCAAUCAAUCAUUAGGGUGGAUCGCGACGACUUCUGGAUCGACUACAAACACAACCACAAGUUCCGGAGUCGUUUUGUUGACUAACAAUUCGAAUGCAAAUCGAACUGGUUUAAUUAUUGGUCUCGUUCUUGGAUUAGUUGUUUUCUUGGGCCUAGUUGGUGCUCUUAUAGCUCUCAUACUUUAUAUGAGAGGAAAAAAUGCAAGUAAUAAAGCUGCAACAGCAAAUAAACCAGUUAGCCGUGCUACUGCCAUGAGUCAGGUCCCCGAAAAUAAUCUUUUGCAAUCUCGUGUACAAACGAGAAAUCUACGAUCCGUACGAUUGGAACCGCUUCAUUCCAAUCCAUCGAAUGCACACGCACCGGCAAAAGGUAUCCCUCUUCCGUUCGACCGGACCAAGUAUGCCACCUAUGAACAUUGCGUCAACUUUCGAGAUCAAUUGGAGAAACAUCAUCAGGAAUACUAUCAGCACAGCCCAGUUCUUCAUCCAACAGUGUGUUCAGCGGAUGUAUCUAAUUGGCCACAGCUUGUUUUAACAUGCCCACCUGGUACAAAUCUAACGGAACUGCCUUUUCCGACUAGCGACAUUUCUGUAUUAUACAGAAUCACUAGUUUUGUUGCUCGAGGUGCUAAUAAUACUCGAGGACCAUUUACAACUAUUCCGUCGAACAUCUGCUGGAUGUCCAAUUUGACUACGCUUGACUUAAGUUAUAAUCAACUCCAAGACCCGCUGAAUAUUCCUAGUUCAGUUAAUUGUACAAUUCCAUGGCGAACAUUAGAUUUCAGUGACAAUACUUUGACCACAUUUCCAAGUCGAUUAUUUUUAUUGAAUCGUUUCGAUUCUGUUGACUUAAGUAAUAAUCGACUGACGGGGCUUGAUCUGAUCGCUAGUGUACUGGUAACAGACAUUGUUGACUUGAGAAAUAACUCCAUUACAACAAUUGUCAACCCGACAAACUUUACUUUUUCAUCAAAUCUUAGCUCUAGAGAUGCUACUCUUCUCCUUGAUGGUAAUUCCGGCAUACAACUGAGUGAUGCUAUCUAUGAAAUGUAUGGUGCUUGUCAAGAGAUUGUCGAAAAUAUCUUUCUUGAUGAUCCAGUCAGUCCCACACCUCUCACGACAAGCCUAGUUAAACUUAAUUUUGGCUCCAUGACAAUCAACUGCAGUUGCAAUCAAUAUUAUACUAUAGGAACUUUGAACAGCGCGCUGGGAGGCUUUAUCCAAGGACCCAUUUCUCAACUGAACUGCAGUAAUGUCGCCAGUUCUUUCAUCAACUACAAUUGUUUCUCAUCAACAUCCACCGUCAACUUCACUCAAGUAGAGCCCAGAUUAUGUCGACUUGACGAGUGGAAUGUUACCUCCACCAGCACCACCACAACAACAACUCAAACCACUUCUACUUCUACUAGUACGUCGACCACCACCAGUACUACUUCCACUUCUACGAGCACAUUCACUACAACAAGUACCAGCACAACGACAAGCCAAACAACUUCCACUUCUACCAGCACAUUAACCACAACGACCACUCAAACAACUUCUACCAGCACUAGUACUACAUCAACCGCUACAACAACAAGUCAAACAACUUCCACCAGUACUAGCACUACCUCAACAGCUACAACUACGAGCCAGACGACUUCCACUAGUACUAGUACUACCUCAACAGCCACAACUACGAGCCAGACGACUUCCACUAGUACUAGUACUACCUCAACAGCUACAACUACGAGCCAGACGACUUCAACCAGUACUAGUACUACCUCAACAGCUACAACAACAAGUCAAACAACCUCCACCAGUAGUACUAGUACUACCUCAACAGCCACAACUACGAGCCAAACGACUUCAACCAGUACUAGCACUACCUCAACAGCUACAACUACGAGCCAGACGACUUCCACUAGUACUAGUACUACCUCAACAGCCACAACUACGAGCCAGACGACUUCAACCAGUACUACUACUACCUCAACAGCUACAACUACGAGCCAGACGACUUCCACUAGUACUAGUACUACCUCAACAGCCACAACUACGAGCCAGACGACUUCCACUAGUACUAGUACUACCUCAACAGCUACAACUACGAGCCAGACGACUUCAACCAGUACUAGUACUACCUCAACAGCUACAACAACAAGUCAAACAACCUCCACCAGUAGUACUAGUACUACCUCAACAGCCACAACUACGAGCCAAACGACUUCAACCAGUACUAGCACUACCUCAACAGCUACAACUACGAGCCAGACGACUUCCACUAGUACUAGUACUACCUCAACAGCCACAACUACGAGCCAGACGACUUCAACCAGUACUACUACUACCUCAACAGCUACAACUACGAGCCAGACGACUUCCACUAGUACUAGUACUACCUCAACAGCCACAACUACGAGCCAGACGACUUCCACUAGUACUAGCACUACCUCAACAGCUACAACUACGAGCCAGACGACUUCAACCAGUACUAGUACUACCUCAACAGCCACAACUACGAGCCAGACGACUUCAACCAGUACUAGUACUACUUCAACAGCCACAACUACGAGCCAGACGACUUCCACUAGUACUAGUACUACCUCAACAGCCACAACUACGAGCCAGACGACUUCAACCAGUACUACUACUACCUCAACAGCUACAACUACGAGCCAAACGACUUCAACCAGUACUAGCACUACCUCAACAGCCACAACUACGAGCCAGACGACUUCAACCAGUACUACUACUACCUCAACAGCCACAACUACGAGCCAGACGACUUCAACCAGUACUACUACUACCUCAACAGCUACAACUACUAGUGCUAGCACCUCAACUACAACUACCAGCACGGAUACUAGCCAAACCACUACUACUUCUACGAGUACAUCCACAAGUCACACGACUUCGACCAGUACUACUACUACCACAACUGAUACAAUCACUAGCACAAGCACUUCAACUAUGACUACCAGUCAAACAACCUCCACCACUACUGGCACCAGCACAACUACAAGUCAAACAACGGCUACUACUGCUACUACAACAACCACCCAAACAACGUCGACGUCUACUAGUACUUCUGCGAUAACCACGACUGGCACAGUAUCGACUACGUCCAGUACCUCUACCACAUCGACUAGCCAAACUACUGCUACUUCGACUAGUACGACUACAUCGACAACUCAAACAACAUCCGCCACAUCUACUACUUCCACUACAACUACGUCCGAGACAAGUACUACCACCAGUACUUCUAUAGCGCUACCACAAGUGUUACCAGUACCAGUACAAGUACUAGCACUUCUACUAGUACGACCGAAACAGUUUCCACUUCUACCAGCACCUCCAGUACAAGCACAACAUCUACGUCCACAAGCACAUCAGCUACAUCGACGACUCAGACAGCGUCUACUACUUCCACUUCAACUUCUCCCUACACAAGUACUACCACCAGUACUUCAACGACGGCCACCGAUCAAACAACCUCCACUAGUACUAGCUCGACUACAAGCCAAACCACGUCUACUAGUACCUCUACGACAACCACAACAAAUACAGCGUCGGCCAGUUCAACCACGUCGACUACAUCAACGAGCCAAACUACUUCCUCCACUUUCUCGACCACUACAAGUGUUACAAGUACUAGUACUAGCACUUCUACUAACACUACCAGUCAAACAACCUCCACUAGUACUACUACUACAACUACGGAAACGUCGUCUACGUCUACUAGUACCUCUACGACAACCACAACCAAUACAGUGUCGACCACUUCAACCACGUCGACUACAUCAACCAGCCAAACUACUUCUUUCACUUUGUCGACUACUACAAGUGUUACAAGUACUAGUACUAGCACUUCUACUAGCACUACCAGCCAAACAACCUCCACUAGUGCUAGCUCGACUACAAGCCAAACCACGUCUACUACUACCUCUGCGACAACCACAACGAAUACAGUGUCUACCACUUCAACCACACACAACUUCCACUAGUGCGAGUAGUUCUACUAGCUCAACUACGAGCACAACUUCUACUUCUACUAGCAGUUCUACAACAACUACAACAGACUCGGCAUCUACGACUUCUAUUACUUCUACAACAUCACUAAGUCAAACCACAUCGAGCACUUCUUCUAGCAGCAGUAGUACCAGCACUUCAAGUACAACUAGCUCAACGUCGUCGACAUCUUCGAGCUCUGUGACAGCAACAACGUCUACGACUAGCACGAGCACUGCAUCGAAUCUGAAUGUAUCGACAUGUGUGGAAACAUUUUCUAUUGGUAAUACUAAUCUGUUGCUAACCUGUUCGUCAAAUGCAAGUAUGUCGGUAUUACCAAUCAAUGGAUACUCGUUGAGUACGUUGAACAGUAUAAGAACACUUACAGUGCAAGGUGCAAAUGGCGAGCGCGGACCGUUAUACACUAUUCCACCAAAUGUAUGCUUCUUACCAAAUUUAUUGGAAUUGAAUGUCUCAUACAAUCGUCUCAACCGAUUGGAUACCUCGUUUUUUUCGUCGAAUCCAUCAUGUCUGAGCAAUUUGCAAAAACUUAAUGCUGAUCAGAAUCUUAUAACUGAGUAUCCAUCAGAGUUUCUAACACAUACACCCAACCUUCAACGACUUUUACUACCGAACAAUCGGUUAACAUCGUUCGAUCUUGCAUCGACUGUUCUUGUCAAUACUGCAAUUGAUUUAUCGAAUAAUCAAAUAUCGAAAAUAACAAACAAUGCCAAUAUCAAUAUAUCAAAAUAUUCGAAUCCAUAUUACACAGCGAUUGAUUUAAGCAAUAAUAGUGCAGUCAUCGAUGUAUCGGAUGCUCUUUUUGAAAUGUAUGGAGCUUGUUACGAGGUGAUCCAAGCAUUCAAUUCAAGUGCUUCUUCAGCUACACCAGUGUUGACCAUCAGUCUGUUGAACAUCGAUUUCGAUACAUCAAGAAUCAACUGCAGUUGCAGCCAAUAUUAUCUCGAGCGAAGUCUCCUAUCAACAUUUCGAAGUAAUCUUAUUCCCUCGGAUCCAUUAUCAAAUACUAAAUGUCUCGAUGGAUCACUGUUUUAUAACAAUACCAAUAUUUUACAAUGUUCAAAUUCAUCUGCUACAUUCACCAACUCUUCUCCACGUCUAUGUACGAUAAAUCAAAACAAUACUGGUGUUAUCUAUGUGAAUACAACUGAUAAUUCUACUAGUACACAAACAUAUCCUUAUUAUCUCACUCAAAGUUCAAAUAACACGUAUUGUAUGUACACAUUCUAUUCUAAUGGUAUCAAAGCGGCAAUUAAUUGUGUAGAUGGUUCAAAUAAUUUGACAGAAAUUUCAUCGGCAAUUCUAACAAAUAAAUAUUUCCAAAACAUUUCACAAGUUGUUGUGAAUAAUCAAAAUUCAAUGUCACAAUUGCCAUCCUAUCUAUGUUUAUUACCAUCAACACGAAUCGAUCUAUCCAAUCAAUCAUUUGCCAUCCUAAGUAAAGACACAUUUCCAUGUUCAACAUACAAUACACUUCAAUACAUCAAUUUGACUGACAAUUCCAUUUCUAUUGUCAACUUAACCUAUACAAAUUGGACAGUUUUCGACUUGUCGUCCAAUAAUCUUACACAAUUACCAUACACAUUAUUAAAUUUAAAUCAAAGUUCCAUUCAAUCAAGAGAAUCAUCAUCGCGAACUCUAGAUGUUUCAUUUAAUCAAAUUCCUCAACUGGAUCUAUUUGCAUACACAUAUCCAUCGAUAAGUAUUAACUUAGAAAGUAAUUCUUUUACAAAAACGACGAAUGGCUAUAACGUAAUUAAAAAUGUUCAACGACAAUCACUACGCAGUGGUCCGGUCUCCUCAAAUGUCGAUCUGCCAAGUCAAUCGCGUUUUCUUGUUAACGAUCAAUUGGCACAGAAUUACAACACAUGCGAUAGUCGAACAUUGAUUAAUCUAAUCAAUAUUCUACAAUAUAUGAAAAAUGAUGGUGUUACAGUUGAACUCGAAUGUCAAUGCUCAUCGAUUUACCUGAACGAAUAUCUACUUUUGUAUAAUUCAUCGGACAAACUUACGAAUCGAUUUUCAUGCAGUAAUACAUCGACUUUAAAUGAAACACAGUUUAACAGUUUAGCAGAAAGUGAUUGUUUGAAUAAUAUUACUUUAUCAUCCGAUCGACUUUGUCAAUUUGCAAGUCGAGUUUCUCUCGCAGCAAGUUCACCAUCGAGUGACAAUGGUCGUUUAUUAGCAAUUAUUCUCGGUUCAAUUCUUGGUUCCAUCGCAUUUAUUGCCUUACUUGCACUUCUUAUCUGUUGUCUUUGUCGGAAACGUAAAAAGUCGCCUGAAAAAUCGAACAUGACCGUAAUGUCGAGGCCUCCAACUGGAGGAAAUGGUUCCCACGAUGACUAUGCAACAGCACGAAGUCUCCGAUCACCACCACAUCAUGUAACCGCUCAUAAUUCCCGACUUAGUCCUGUCUCAGAAAACCUUCCCGAAAUAGGAGAAUAUUCGUUAAGUCGACAUGAACCAAUCCACAUUCGAGAUUCGAUCGACUCAUUGCAACAAGAUGUAUUCGAACAACGUGAACGUAAUCGACAAUUACGCCAACCUCCGAUUGAUUAUGACACUGGUAGAAGUUUCCGUCAUUUGGGCAAUCCUUCGCCGAAUUCAUCGUAUACUUAA